UGAAUUCUCAUUCUUCCCAAUCAGCUGAAAUUGAAUCAAUUUAAUUGAUUAAUCAGUUAAUCUGAAUCAGAUUACAAUUACUUUGUAGUUUAAUCUAUAACGGAUUAAUUAUCUAAUCUACUAUUCCACUAAUGAUUAGUUGAAUGUCACAUUUAAAGUUUAGUUACAAUCCUUUUGUUGGUGUUGAUGUUUGUGGCAAAAAUUAACUUAAUUGAAACCGUUACUCGUUCAACAUUCACGUUCGUACAUCGCCCGAUUACCCGGUCAAUUGGAUCAUUGAAUAUGGUUAAUUUACUCAAUUCUAGAGAAGGAGUUUCAUCAAUAUUGAAUAAUGUUGAUACGAUAAUCACUGAUUGUGAUGGAGUAAUUUGGUUGGAAAAAAAGUCUAUCCCAGGAGCCAAUAGUUUCUUCAAGAAAAUGCGAUCAAUGGGGAAACGAAUAAUCUUUGCCACAAAUAACAAUACGAAAUCGCGAGAAUCACUUCUCACCAAAUUGAAUUCACUUGAAUUCGAGGCAACAAUUGACGAGAUAAUGGUGACAACUUUUGCUGCUCCGAUCGCUUUGAAAAGAAUUGAUUUCAAAGGGAAAGUGUUUUGUCUUGGAACACCAAUUUUACGCAAAGAAAUUGAGUCCGCUGGUUUCACGGUGAUUCCACCAUCAUCGGAUACCAAUGAGAAUGUCGAAGAUGCUAAAUUGGUGAAAAUGGAUCAUAUUGAUUACGAAUUGAUAAAAAUUGACCCUCAAGUUGGUGCAGUUGUCAUUGGAAUGGAUUAUGGUUUGUCCAAUGUUAAAAUGAUUCGAGCUUGUACUUAUGUUUCGAAGGUUGAUUCUAAGUGUAUCAUUUGUACCAAUACUGAUUUCACUUUUCCUGGACCUGGUGGGAUAGUUAUACCUGGAACUGGUUCCUAUGUUGAACUUAUCGAACAUGUAACUGGUAAGAAAAUGUUUUCCGUUGGUAAACCGACAACUUUUUUUUUCGAGUGUAUCAAGCAAAUACAUGCGAACAUUGAUCCAGCUCGAACUUUAAUGAUUGGUGAUCGAUGUGAUACCGAUAUUGCUUUUGGAAACAAUAACAAGAUGAAAUUUACUCUCCUGGUUGGAACUGGAGUUAACAAUUUAGAUGAUGUUAAACAAUUUGCUUCCAAUGGUGACAAUCAUCUAAUACCAAGCCACUUUAUCCAAAGUCUAGGAGAUUUAAAUAAAUAUCUUACUCAUGAUUGAUAAUCAACAAUCAAUUAAUCAACAAUAAAGAAAUCAGAAGCUUUGAUUUUCAUUUAUCA